AUACAAAUCGUUCAGAAAUGGUUUGAAUUUGUUGCAGUAAUUCUCCAUCAACAAAUAAAAUAUUACUGAAAGUAGUGUAAUAUUACUUGCGUUAGCAAUGUGAAAUAAACGGAGAUGUAAUAUUGUAAUGCUUUAUGUGAAGUGAUGAUAGUUGGUCUCACGUAAUGGAGCAACAUUUAAUAGUGUUAUUUUUACUACGAGUAAAGCGCAUGCACACAAGAGGGCGAGAGAUUGAUUUUGUUUUGCUGUUUCCAACCAAUCAGGUCUUUAGUCCUCAAUGCCACACAGUGAAUCAUAUCACAAAAUCUUCACUGAAGCCAAUCCCACAGCAACUCAUCAAUAAAUGCUGGAAAUAUUCCCAUCAUGCUACAAGUGAAGAGGUCACUUGGAUCCGAAACAAGUAGGAAACACUACUGGUGUAACGACACAUUCUACUUAUGUAAAGAUGGAGUUUAUUAAAGUGGAGAUUGUGGACAUGGGUGAUCCAGCACCAUGCAGAGUGAAAAAUGAAGAUACUGAGGAACAAAGAGGUUGGUGUCCAUUCUUCAUUCUUCAUCAAUGACUGCUGAGGAAAAUUAAGACCUGAUGGGAGUGAAAGAGGAAAGACAAGAACCGAGUAAAGACGAGGAGAAACAUCAGUAUCAGAAACCUCAUAAUGUCACAACUGGAGAAAAAGCCUUAACCAAAAAUGAUUUCACCUGCUCUCAGUGUGGAAGGAGUUUCACCCAACAGCAUCACCUUAAGGAUCACAUGAGAAUUCACACUAGAGAGAGACCUUUUACUUGUCCUCAGUGUGGAAAAAGUUUCACCCAACAAGGACAACUUAAGCGUCAUGUAAGAAUUCACACUGGAGAGAAGCCUUUCACAUGCCCUCAGUGUGGAAAGAGUUUCACACAGGCACAAAGUCUCAAAAUUCAUCUGCAUGUUCACUCUGGAGAAAUGCCAUUUAACUGUGAGCAGUGUGGACAGAAAUUUGUUUUGGCAUCACACCUACAAAGACACAUCAGAACUCAUACAAACGAGAGGCCCUACACAUGCUCUUUUUGUGGAAAGAGUUCUAAACGCAUCAGUGAUUUUAAAAAGCACCAAAUAACACAUUCUGGUGUGAAAGCUCAUGUGUGCUCUGAGUGUGGAAAAGCCUUUUCUAGAACUGGCGACUUGCAGCGGCACCAAAAACUUCAUAGUGGAGAAAAACCUUACAAGUGUUCACUUUGUGAAAAAGGUUUUAAUGAGUCUUUUAAGCUGAAAAUACAUGCAAGAGUGCAUACUGGAGAGAAGCCAUACCCCUGCACUUUAUGUGGGAAGAGUUUCAGCACAUCAAGUGCUCGAAUGAUUCAUAAGAAAAAGCAUUGUCCAAAGUUAUCAAAGUGAGCAAAGAUAUAUUCAGGUCCAAAGGUUCAAAAGUUCAGAUAAACCCAAAUAUGAAAUUUCUUCCUAAAGAGCAGUUUUAUCUAUGAUGGUAAUACCAGAAGGAAUUGGAAUUGUCCACCCGGGAAUAUGACUCAAGAGUCAUAUUUCAUUCACUCAAAUAGGUAAAAAAAAAAGGAAACCACUUUAGAACAAUGCCAGUAAAGGCCAAAGUAUACUUCAGUUGUCUGUGUUGCUGAUCACUCCGUGCACAGUAUGCGUGACUCAGAUUUUGUCAUCAGUACAGGUUGUGCGGACUGUCCGUCCGUGGGCCAGAUUUUGUCGACAUGCAGACAGUCCUCAUCUGUGCGCAUUUUCGCCGCAUGUGCCUGAAGUUGACUGUAAUAAAAGAGCAUCUCAAAGCAGUAGUACUGUGCGUGCUUCUAACGUGUUUAUAUUCGCCCGCAGUCAAAAGAAUAUACUUCAACCUCUUAACGAUGGGUGUUUCAAAAAUGACCCACUUGCGUAUUUAUUUACAUUUAUGUUUAAUGCAUGUUUAAACUGAAAUUGUAAACUAAUAUUGACAUCCGAUAUAUCAUUUGAAAGAUCUGGGUCUCAAGAUUAUAUAUUUUAAAGCAAUUUUGACGAUCGCAAAGUUACAAUAAUAUGAUUUUCUUGAACUUGUCAAGAGUGAAAAUCAAAACACGGAAAAUGAAACCGGAAGUUCUGAAUUGUAUUGUCUUCCAGCCAAACACAGAUGAGCACAAUCCUCCAAACUUCAGUAUGCUUUUCAUUGCAAGAGUCCAAUAAAUAAAAUCCAGAGAUUUUAGUCCAAAAAUGUAAAAAUAUGAAGUAAUAUUGAUCUAUAUGUCUUUGUUCAGGUUUUACAUAUUCAACACGUGUUAUCAUUUAUGAAAUCUUGCACCCUGUGUAGUGUUUCAGUAGCAAAACACCCAAACAUGAUAUUUGGGAGGGUUUUGAGCAUUCCCUCAAAGUUUUCUGUGCAUUUGUGAUUGGGUAGUCACUCAAAAUAGCUAAACAGUACAGUCGACACGAGUGAUGUAAAGAUUUGCGUUAUCCAUGUUUGUCUCUGGAUAAAGCCGGCCAUUGAAAAGCUAGAUAAUUUUUGACUGAUGGGUCGUGUAGCUAAUGAAAAGAUGAAAACAAUGAUAUGAGGGUUGUGUAUAUCCCUGAUGCCGAUUUGCAAAGGUUCGGAGAACCAUGGACUGUGUUUGUUUGUGUUUGCGCUUUUACGAACGGUGUGCAGUUAUAGCGUGUUACUGCCGUACUGUUGACAAAGAACUCGGCUUUUGGACCCACGAUCUGAUCCACCCUCUUCGGCUUCAGUCACCAUCACUGAAGGUUUGGAGAACACAUGCUCCCGACUGCAUUUUUUCAUCAAACCCCCUGUUCAACUGCACAUCCAGGGGGCUCUUGCAUGUCAUUCAAGCCGAGAUGAGCCACCUUCCCCGGCUUUGCUCACCAUGAGUUAGACCCCGGAGCACACGCGCUCCCAAUGCAUUGACUUUUUUAUCCCACUGCUUUUCAUUCAAUUUUCAUUGGGAGCAGGUGUGCUCCAGGCUUCACUGACGGUGAUCGAGGCUCCCCGGCUUGAGGCAGUGACUAAAGACCCUAGGUGAACGGCAGAGCAAAAGCUCUGAAAAAUGUCAAUUUACAUUUGUAUGGGGAAAAAAUGAACAGAAGCAUCUUUACUGUAAGUAAAAGUUUAUUUCCAUAAACUUUUUACAUUGUUUAUAAAAUUCAUAAAUAUAUAUGGAAUGCUUUAUAAUAUAUUCCCAAAUAAUAAUAAUAAAAAUAUGAUAACCAUGUA